AUGGGCGCAACGUCUCCAGGCGCGCCCCCCGCGGCGGCCACGGGGCGCGCGGUGCUGAGCGAGCGCGUGGUGGGGCACCGCAUGGCGCUGCAGCGCAACGAGAACAUCCGCUGCCUCGCCGCGCUCGCCCUCCCCGUACCCCUCCCCGCGCCCGGUGCCCCCCAUCUGCCGCCAGACGCCGCUGUGCAGAGCACAGGCCGCGUGCUGCACCUCUCCCUCUCCCACCCACACACCGCCCAACCCAACCAGCCUGGAGCACCUGCAGCAGCAGAGCCUGCGUCCGCAUCUGCGCACACAGGUACCAGCGGCAGUGAUCCUGCAGCAGCAGCAGCAGGUGCUGUGUCUGCUGGCAGCAGCGCUUCAGCGUGGGGCUGGUUGACAGCAGGUCGGAUGGGCUCUGCUUCUGCUUCUACCGCAACUGCUGCUGCGCCUGGGGAUAGCCCGUCUGCUGCUGGUAGCCGUGCUGGUAGUGUGGGCGGUGCUGGUUCUACCGGUAUGGGGGGAGCAGGGGGGAGUGACGCCAGGGGCCCCGAGUUGACUAUGCGUGGAGUGUGCGUGGUGGGGAGGAGGGCAGUGGAGCGAGUGGAGGUGUUACAUACGGUGAUGGGGGGCCUGCUCGCUGUGCUCUGUGAUGGGGGCGUGCGUCUCCUCCACCCUCUCUCCCUCUCCCUCGGCCCACCUGUAGGCCCUGCCUCCGGCACCCUGCUCCUGGCUUCCCACCCUCUAUCAUCCCCCUCUCCCUUUCCACUCUCCUCCUCUAAUUUCUCCUCUUCAAAUCUCUCCGCCUCCGCCUCCGCCUCCUCAUUUCCCGCCCCCCCACCCCCCUCCGCGCCUCUCCUCCUGGUCCUCCGCAGGAAGCUCCUCAUCUUCACCAUCUCCUCCUCCGCCCCUUUCUCCCCCACUCCCCUCUGGGAUUCCCUCUCCAUCCACUUGCAAGGGGAGAUGCUUAUAAAGGGUAUAGGCGAGCGAGAGGUUCCUCUAGCAGCAGCGUAUCUGGGGUCAUCAUUGAUCCUGGGCACGUCGCUGCAGUACCUGCACAUCUCCAUCCCUUCCGGGCAGCCCUUGCAGCUGUUCCCCCUGCCUCCCUCCUCUCCCAAUCCCCCUCUCAUCGCUGCUGUUUCGCUCGCCUGCAACGCGUCUGGGGUGUCCUCUCCGCGAGAGAGAAAGGUUGCUCCUGAUGAGGGGGGGGUAGCAUCAGGAAUGCGUGGCGAGGCAGGUGGAGGCGAGGGUGAGGUUACACGAGCAGCAGGAACCGGGGCAGGAGCAGUGAGAGGGUCAGUAGCAGAGGAGGGCGGUUGGGGAAUGCAGCAGGGAGGGUUGCAAAGAAAGAGUGUGGGUGUGGAGGUGACAUCAGAUUCAAGAGCACACACACAAGACACAGCACUAUCACCUCCGACAGGGGCAGCAACGGUAGUGGCGGGGGAGACGGCAGUAACAGCAGCAGCAGGAGCAGGAGCAGGAGGCAGCUCUGGCAUGCGUGCAGCAGCAGAGGGCCGACCAAGCAUGCAGAGCCAGGAGUCAGCAGCAGUGUUAGCAAUGGACGACAUAGGAGUGGUGAUAGACACCACAGGCCAGCCCAGGGGCAACCCCCUCAUCUUCCCCUCCCCUCCCAUCGCCCUCACCUUCGCCCCUCCCCACGUCGCCACCGCUCUCCACCACUCCCUACACCUCUUCGACCCGGCCACAGGCGCGCUCCUGCAGACCCUCCCGGUGCCGGGAGGGGCGGGGACAGCUGGCAGGAGCCCAUUGGUGGCGCUGGCGGCAGAGAGGGGAGGAGGAGGAGGAGGGGGGGGGGCGGUGGUGGCGGCGAGUGGGAGUGAGGUGUGGUGGGUGCCGCGGCUGUCUCUGGUGCAGCAGGCGAGGGAGCUGAUGCGGGAGAAGCGGUAUGAGGAGGCGCUGGAGGUGGCUCGGGGGGUGGAUGUGGGCGAGGAGAUGGAGGGGGGGGAGUGGGGGGAGGUGAGGCCAGGGGAUGGUGCUGAGCCGAGCACAGGGCAAGCAGAUGCUGCUGCUGCUGCUGCUGCUGGUAGUGCUGUUGCUGGUGGUGCUGCUGUGGCUGAUGCUACAGGGUUAGUUUCUCCCAUCACAUCUGCGCUAGCAACUGGGAGUAAGAGUGUGACGAUACAGGGGGCGUGGAGGAGGAGAGUAGCAGAAGCGCAUGCGCAGGUGGGGCUGUUGCUGCUGUGGGAUGGGGACUUCAAAGCAGCCGUGCCGCACCUCCUAGCAGCACGAGGAGGGGUCUUUCAGCCUGCAGAGAUCUUUGCGCUCUUCCCCCACUUGACUGCCAGGUGGCGAUCGCUGAUCCCUCGAGCUCGCUUCUGGGGUCUGCACGCGCCUCUCUCUUCCCUGCACGACCGCCUGCUCUGCUGCUGCUUCCCUGCACCCUCUGCCGCUCCACACCACCGCCCCCACCAUAACCCCAGCUCCUCUUUAACUCCAUCUGCGUCCCUUCCUGCAGCAGUAGCAUCACCAGCAGCAGCAGCAGCAGCAGCAGCAGCAGCAGCAGCAGCAGCAGCAGCAGCAGCAGCAGCAGCAGCAGCAGCAGCUGCUGCAGUAGCAGGGAGGGAUGCAUUUACAGGAGCCAGGCCAGGCUCGUCUGGGGGAGGUGUAAGUGCAUCUGUAGGGUCUGGUGCGGUGGAGAGCGAUAGAGGGAGUGGGAGGGAGGCGGGGGAGCAGCGGGUACAGCAGCAGCGGCGGCAGGAGGACGCUCGGAGGCAGUGCCAAGAAGGUGUGGUGAGCUAUCUGCUGGCAGUGCGGCAGCAGUGGCGGCACUACUGUGCAUCGGAGCAGGAGCAGCAGGGGGUGGACUCGUUGCUUCUGCACCUGCUGCUCGCCCUGCACGACGCCCCCCGCCUGCUCAUGCUCUGCCUGCCCGCCGCACACAACCGCUGCUACCUCCCGGACGUGGAGGGAGCGCUCCUGCGAGCACACCUCUUCCCCCCUCUCGCCUACCUGCGCUGGCAGCGAGGGGAUGCAGAGGGCGCUCUGGCGCUCUGGCGGGGGCUUGCACUGGGGGAGCUGCAGGGGGGAGCGGGGGAGGAGGCUGGGGGAGGUGCGGGGGCUGUGGGGAGGGGAGUAAGAGCGGGGCGGGGAGGGGUGCAGCGGCAGGCGGUGGAGGAGGCAGUGGCGAUUCUGGGUGUGGUGGAGGACCCUCACCUCGUGCUGCGCCACCUGCCGUGGGUAUGUGGGAGCGAGCGCGCAUGA